GCACCACCGCUCUGCGCCCCAGCGCAGGGCCAAGGCGAGGCGCACGGGCUCCGCUCCCGCUCCCGCUCCCGCCGGCGCCUGCGGCGCGGGCUGCUGUCUCUCUCGGGCGCUGAGGGGCAUGCGGAUCGAGAGAGGGGGGCUCUGCAAGCGUCGGGGCCACGCAGCCACCUGUGAGCCUCCCGCAACUGCGGGCGGCGGCAGCAUCUCCGGCCGGAGACAGGAGGAGACGCUUGGCGGACCCCGCCCGCCGGCCCGCCGGGCGCACACACAGGCGCACACACACUCGCACCCGCGCGCACACGCACAGCCAGCCGGCAGCGGCGGCCGCAGAGAUGCUAACAAGCAGGUCGGGGAAGUUUCCCGCCGGCCUCGGCCGCGGGCCCCGGUGCUUGCAGGUGUAGCGCCCCCGCGUGGCACGGGCGGCCGGGCGUCUCCAGCAUGACCCGCCGGAGCCUGUGGGACGUGUCGGAGGCCAACGUCGAAGAUGGAGAGAUCCGCAUCAACGUAGGAGGCUUCAAGAGGCGGCUGCGCUCGCACACCCUGCUGCGCUUUCCUGAGACGCGUCUGGGCCGCCUGCUGCUCUGCCACUCGCGCGAGGCCAUUCUGGAGCUCUGUGAUGACUACGACGAUGUCCAGCGUGAGUUCUACUUUGACCGCAACCCCGAGCUCUUCCCCUACGUGCUGCAUUUCUACCACACUGGCAAGCUUCACGUCAUGGCCGAGCUGUGCGUCUUCUCCUUCAGCCAGGAGAUCGAGUACUGGGGCAUAAACGAGUUCUUCAUCGACUCCUGCUGCAGCUACAGCUACCAUGGCCGCAAAGUGGAGCCCGAACAGGAGAAGUGGGAUGAGCAGAGCGACCAGGAGAGCACCACAUCCUCCUUCGAUGAGAUCCUGGCCUUCUACAACGAUGCCUCCAAGUUUGAUGGGCAGCCGCUGGGCAACUUCCGCAGGCAGCUGUGGCUGGCGCUGGACAACCCUGGCUACUCGGUCUUGAGCAGGGUCUUCAGCAUCUUGUCCAUCCUGGUGGUGUUGGGGUCCAUCAUCACCAUGUGCCUGAAUAGCCUGCCGGACUUCCAAAUACCUGACAGCCAGGGCAACCCUGGAGAGGACCCCAGGUUCGAAAUUGUGGAGCACUUUGGUAUCGCCUGGUUCACGUUUGAGCUGGUGGCCAGGUUUGCUGUGGCCCCUGACUUCCUCAAAUUUUUCAAGAAUGCCCUAAACCUUAUUGACCUCAUGUCCAUUGUACCCUUUUACAUCACUCUGGUGGUGAAUCUGGUGGUAGAGAGCACACCUACCCUGGCCAACUUGGGCAGGGUGGCCCAGGUCCUGAGGCUGAUGCGGAUUUUCCGCAUCUUAAAGCUGGCUAGACACUCCACUGGCCUCCGCUCCCUGGGCGCCACCCUGAAAUACAGCUACAAAGAAGUAGGGCUGCUUUUGCUCUAUCUCUCUGUGGGGAUUUCCAUCUUCUCUGUAGUGGCCUACACCAUUGAAAAGGAGGAGAAUGAGGGCCUGACCACCAUCCCUGCCUGCUGGUGGUGGGCCACCGUCAGUAUGACCACUGUGGGGUACGGGGAUGUGGUCCCGGGAACCACCGCAGGGAAGCUGACCGCCUCUGCCUGCAUCUUGGCGGGUAUCCUGGUGGUGGUACUGCCCAUCACCUUGAUCUUCAACAAGUUCUCCCACUUUUAUCGGCGCCAAAAGCAACUUGAGAGUGCCAUGCGCAGCUGUGACUUCGGAGAUGGAAUGAAGGAGGUUCCCUCUGUCAAUUUAAGGGACUACUAUGCACAUAAAGUUAAAUCCCUCAUGGCAAGCCUGACGAACAUGAGCAGGAGCUCACCAAGUGAACUAAGUUUAAAUGAUUCCCUACAUUAGCCGAGAGGACUUGUCAUCCUCAAACCUACGUUGCUGAGCUGCCUCUGGUGCCUCUGGCACAGUCCAGGCACCUUAGAGUUAUGGCGUAAGGAGUAUGCCCAGCCCCAAAGGGGAGAGAUGCAUGGGUUGUGCACCCCAGGUUGCUUUUACAGUAUUUAGAAUCCUUUUUAGAGGGUGUUGUGUCAGACACCAUGCCUUUGCACCCUUCAAUGAAAUGACACUCACUGGUCUUUGCAUCGUGGGCGUAAAAUGUUCACCUUUCUGCCAGAUGAGUACCACCCAGAAUGCUAAUUUUUUCUGUUUAUUGUGUACUCUCUUCUAGUGCUCGUGGCCCAGUACUGUCCGUGAGUUGUUUGUGCUCUUGUUUCUGAGGUUGUCAUGUGAGUUCUGUACAAAAAGCCCCCACAACUCUGUCCCGUGGAAACACAUUGGUGAGGUCAGCAAGGAUGUGAUGAGAUUUUGCCCAGUCAGCUGAAAACAAAAUCUCAGUUCUCUAUCCAUUGCUUUCAUUUAGUUUCGAUACCAAAACAAAGAACGUGAAGUUAAGCGCAUAUGACCGAUGCAAGGCUGUGAGUUGUUUUUACAAAUCAUCUGUAACUCUGUGGCUUGCAUGGGUACACUGAUGUUCAUCUCGUAAAUGUCACUUUUAGAGAAUGUUACUUAGUUAAACAUGUGGUGAAGGUUGAGUAUUUUUUUUCCCAAAAGAGAAGCAUUAGGGACAGGGCUUCAGCUAAAUGGGGGCUAAAUUGCGGGAUACCUGAAGACCUUCAAAAUCAGGCCUUCAUUUUCCUACGGUGGCCCUGGAGACAUUUAUUUCUGGCUGAGGUUCCUGGUCUAGGCCAUUGACCAAACUUUGCCGUGUCUUAGAUCAAAGCAUGUUUUUGAAAUAUUUAUUUUUUAAGAUGUUUAGAAAUAAGGUCGUGUUGUCUUUCUCAACUAAAAAGAGGUUUACUGUUGUAUUAUCUCCCUGAGGCAAACAUUAUUGGGUUGCUAGCAAGGGCAGUAGCUUAGAAACUUUGUUGCCUGCUCUGGUAGCUCAUAAAAUGAGAGCCCUUUUAUUUCCAAGCAGAACUUAGGUAAUUUUGCUUCCAGGAUACAGUAUGUUAUAUAGGAUGCUCUAAUUGCCCUGGAGUUCCUAGUUUGACAUGGAAACCGGGCGGCGUGCAAGUGUGUACUCAGAAUACAGCCAUGCAUGAAUGAAGCCUGUGUGGCUUACCCAGGAUGGAAAUACUGUAGUGAUUAUUUCCAUUUCAACAGCCUUUCGGUGGGAGAGGGUGGGGAGAGGCCAGGAGCAAGGAAAGAGCUGUAAAACACAACAUCGUUACUUCAUAAAAUGUCGCAUAUAAUGGCAAACUUCUUGCAAAGCUUGCGGCUACUUAAAAGACCUUUAAAUUUCUCCGCUUGUGCUGAAGGUUGAGAACGCUUUCCUUCUCCGCAAUGCCCUCGCUCCUCCUCUUCAGUCAACUAGCACACAACACGGUGAAGGCAAUCUGGGCCUCUUUGUAAUUAAUGUAGUUCUCUGUUAUCUUCCAGGUAGUCAGGUGGUUCGUCGGUUGGUUUUUGUUACUGUUCGGUCUUUGAAAAGGCUGCCGAAUCCUGGGGUCUCAGCGAGGAGAAAGGCUGGCUUUUUAUGCAAGUUUGGGGCCUUCUGCUGGUUGAAGAAAACACAUACCUCAGGAUCUUGUCAGAAGGCUUUGCUACUUAGAGUUGCCAUGGCUUCUACAGAGUGAGCAAUCUGUUGGAUGAAUGCACCAGUCCCUUACACCCCUGAGUUCCAAGUUCAAAUCCUUCCAUCGUACUGGAGCCUCAUGGGGGAAGGGCGAGGAGGUGGCCACUUCCUAAUGCCAGACAAUUUACUGUCUUCGUCUCUUGGUCAGAAGUAUCAGGAGAGAUGCGAUGACUUAGGGGCAACUGGCCACCAGGUCAGAAGAGCAGGUUGUUUUUUUAGCAUUUGCACUAGGCUCAUGUUUCCAGCAUUGGAUGGCAGAGAAUUUAUGAAACGAUUCCCAGCUGCACUGAGGGCAGGGGAGGGUACAAAUCUGUCAGGACCAUUCAGUUUGGCAAGGAUGAUGGUACCAGGUCACUGAGCGUGGUGUCCAUGGUCACAGGCCAUAAAGGUCAUGAAAAAGUUGAAACAAGGAAGGAGGCAGAAUAACUCAGUCACUCUCAUGAGUAUUUUUCUCAAAAGGCAGGUUUUACCACCAAAAAAGAGAUAUCCCUAGUGGUUGCUCUUCGCAGAUGCGAACGCUAGAAAACUUGACUUUUCAUUUUAGUAAUGACUUGCAUUUUUUUGGUGCCUUUCAUUGGGGGAAUCCCAAAGUGCUUUAGAGACUGUCUUUUUAACAUCUCUUGUAUAUAUUUAUACACUUGUAUAAAAUAUUGUUGUGCCCAUCCUGGAACGGCAGUCACUUCUGAGCAUGAGAAUGUCCUAAUAGCAUCGACUUCUCCAAGUGGUGGUUUCAGAUAAGAGGGAGAGAGAACAACCCAGCUGGCUUGAACCCUGGAGUUAAUUCCCACAAAGGAUGGCACCUGACUGUGGCCCAGGAGAAAGAACCUUCCUCUCCUCCAGAGUACCACCGAGGGACAGAGUUCACAAGUGCUCUCAAUUGGGCUCUGACUGAUACUAGAUAACAUCUUUAUGUAGCAGUUUCUUCUGGCCUCUGAAACUAAUCAGGGAGGAUCAGGUUAAUUUUGUGCUCUGUUUCUGGAGUUAAGACUAUAAUUAUGAGGUGAUGUCUUCGGCCACCAAGCUGUCAGACUGACCCAUAUACCUCCUCUAGGGGGACCCGAUAGAAAGCUUCAGGUUGCUUAUUUCCGGCUGUGGCUCAAGAGCAGCUCCCUCUCAGCAUUUCCAAUGCCGUUGGGACACGUAUAUGGACCAGGCUCUUCUCACUACGUAUGUGAAGAGCACUUCAAAAGUGCCAGUUGGGAAGUGACACUGUGUCUUGACCGCAUGGAUAUUGGUUAUAGGUUUUUGUUUUCUGCCAAAGGCCCUCAUUUCCUGGGUUUGCUCCCGAGGAGGGGCAUGUUGCAAUGCCGAGCCGAUUUGUAGCUCCUAAGGUAGUAAUUGGUAUUUAAUAUUCGGAUUUGUUAUUUCUACUUCUCUUAGUACUCGAAUAACUGAACUACCUGCUAAUUCUUGCCUCAUUUCAAAGGAAAUGAUUUGUUCUGCACUUUGGGAUAGCAGUGAUCUGUACAGGCUUCGUGUUGUCUACUUGAAGGCUUAACUGGUAUUUCCUGUAUGUUUUAACAGCAUGACUUGUUACAGAGUUGUAAUUUUCAAAAUUGAGAACGCUGUAUUUGCGAUGUCAGUUUUAACACUCAUUAACACACUACUGUGCAAGCAUUAA